UUUGAAUUAUAAACUGAGAAAGGUUUCCAAAGCCUGCUAAUCGCUCAUUCUUUGGCAUUUGAAUAAAGAAGUCGACGGUUGGCCGUCCGAGACCGACCGCGAAGUCGAUUUCUCCCUCUCCUCUCUCCCCCCCCCUCUCUCUCUAUAAAAGAGACCCUUCCUAUAUAGACGUUUUGCAGAGAAAUAAACAUCCACUCUCUCUGAGUCAUGGAGGCACGUCACGCUACCCUUGGUCGACGAACGUUGGAAGAAAUUCGUCAAAAGAGAGCAGCAGAAAGGUUAAGCAAAACCUCCUCUGGCCCAGAUCUGACCAAUGCUUUAAACCCUAAUGAUGUUUUAGGGAUGAAAAGGUCUGAAAGUGCAAAUAGACUCUCAUCAGAGAAUGAUGUUAGUGGUUUAGUAUCUCAGCUAAAAGACAUGCAGAUGAAGAACACUGAAUUGGAAGAAGAUAACACGAAACUGAUCUCAAGGCUUCAAGCAAAAGAAUCAGAGAAUGAUGCGCUGCAGAAACAUCUGAAUGAGCUGGAACAGAGUACGGUACCAUCCUUAAGGAAAGCUCUUAAGGAUGUUGCAAUGGAGAAAGAUGCAGCAGUUGUUGCACGGGAGGAUCUCUCAGCUCAGCUUCGCACAAUGAAGAAACGUUUAAAGGAAGCAGAAGAAGAACAAUACCGGGCAGAGGAGGAUUCAGCAGCAUUGAGGGCAGAAUUAAAUUUGUUACAGCAACAAGCAAUGAGUGGUUCACUUGGUGGCAUGACCUCAAUGGGAAAUUCAGCCGAACACAUACAAUCCAUGGAAAAGGAGCUAGCCAGUAUAAAAUCCAUGUUAGAGCAAGAGUCACUUCUGAGGCAGCAAGAGCGACAACGUUUGGCAGAGGAACAAGCCCGGACAUCUACCCUAAUGUUUGAAAAGCAGGAGUUGGAGGAGAAACUUGCAGUUAUCUCCAAAAGGGCGUCAGAAGACGUUUCAGAAAAAGCUGCUCAUAAGGCAUUUUCAAUGGAAGACAAGGAGAAACUUGAGAAGCAAUUGCAUGAUAUGGCAGUGGUGGUUGAGAGAUUGGAGAGUAGUAGACAGAAACUUCUAAUGGAGAUUGAUUCCCAAUCUUCGGAGAUUGAGAGGCUUUUUGAAGAAAAUUCUAACCUCUCAUCUGCUUAUCAAGAGGCAAUGGGUGUGGUGGUUCACUGGGAGAAUCAGGUAAAAGACUGUCUUAAGCAGAAUGAGGAACUCCGUGGCAUGCUAGAUAAUUUGAGAGCAGCACAGGCUAGUACACCGUCAUUGAAUGAUAAGAAGAUGGAGGGAGGCCUUUUGGAAGCUAACAAAGACGUGGGAAAUGAGUCCAGUCCUCAGGCAUAUACAGCUGAUAUUCUUUUCCUCAAGGGCCAACUUGCUAAAGAACAGAGCAGAGCGGAAGCACUAUCGGCAGAGAUCUUGCAGCUCUCGGCACGACUCCAACAAGCCACACAAGCAUACAAUGGUCUUGCACGCCUCUAUAAACCAGUACUGCGAAAUAUCGAGAGCAGUCUCCUUAAAAUGAAGCAAGAUGGUUACCUGACAAUGCAAUGAAGCGUCAGAGCAGUUUGUCAGUAGAUUAUCAAUCCCGUGGUGGAUCACUCAUGUGACAACUAGUGUGAAACCGGAAAGGCCCUUGGUUUUGUGCCGGUAUAGUAUUAUUUUGAGAGGAAAGUGGAAAGAGAACAAUCGAUACACUUCUUCAGUGUCACAAUGAGGGAGGGUUGAACAUACAGGUGUGAUACGAUUACUGUCCAGUAUUGUACUAUCAUUUGUUAUUCGUAUAAAAUAUUCAUGAUGGAAGCUAGGUUUUGUAUUGCGAAAUUAUUCCUGCUUGUUAGUGGAUGCUGCUGCUUCUUCCUUGUUAAAAUCGGCGGAUGGAUUUUUUUAUGAAAAGUAUCUUAAAUGAAAUGCUGUGAAUGAGAUGUAUUGAGUGUGCUCCUUUUAA